AUGAGAGACAAACGACAUGUGGAACCGCACCUGGAGUUCCUAACUGAGCCCACAUCACAACUGGUCGCUCCCGAUGGUGGACGGGCUGUCUUCAAGUGCACGGCAUCGCCAGCCAGUGCUGAGAUCCGAUGGAUUAAUGGUGGAGUGCCUGUGUAUCCAAGUUCUUCACCGGCCCUCAAGAUCUUACGCCACAAACUUGUCCUAAAACUGCCAAAAAUGCCUAAAAAUAGCUAUAAUUCUAGUAAUUCUUUAGCCAAUGAUUCCAUACAUUUAACACAACUGUUCUCUGGAGGAGAGUUCCAGUGUAUAGCACAGCACAAGAGUCGGGCCAUCAUUAGUCGUACCGCUAAACUCAUAUUAGCAGAGCUUAGGCCCUUCCCUCACAAACACAAUGUCAGUGUCGUGUCCAUCGCCGGCAACACAGCUGUCAUCCCCUGCGACCCCCCCUAUAGUGUCCCCAACGCUGUCACCGAAUUCCUCGUCAACGGCACUCUCAUCGACAGAACCAGAGAGAGGUAUCGUUUGAUGCCUUCCGGAGAUUUGCAAAUAUUGAAUGUUCGCGACUCAGACGCCGGUGCCUACAGAUGUGUCGCUCACAACCCAUAUCUGGGACAACGAACACAUGCCAUACAUUUCGUGGAGCUGUCGGUCACCAGACAGUCGCGACACCACCACAACCACAACAACCCCCACAAUCACCAUCACUCCCAUCGCAACCAUAACUCGCAUUCUGUCAAGUUUUCGGUCGGUCCUAAACCACAUGUCAGUGCCGUUACGGGCAGUAAUGUGACGUUCGAGUGCUCGGCCUCCGGCUCUCCCACACCCACCAUCACGUGGAAGAGACUGGACGGACAUCUGCCUAAAUCGCGGACCAUUACGGACGCCGGAAACCUAAUACUCGUAAACGUGAGGCGCGGGGACGACGGCACGUAUGUCUGUACGGCGUCUAACGGGUCGCCAAACUCUCCUUUCAUGAGUUCAGUCCUCGAAAUCCAAGAAAUACCUCAAUUCGUGAGGAAGACCUCAAUUGAAGAGAAAGAGGUGAUGGAGGGACAGGAGAUUGUCUUGGAAUGCAGUACCAAAGGAAAGCCUAAACCAGUGGUCGAUUGGUUCCACAAUGGCGUUCAGAUUACACCCGAAAUAUCCAAUAAGAAUGGAAUUGUCAUCAAAGGAACCGAUGGAUCAAAGUUGUCGAUAGUGAACGCCAACCAUGAGUUGCAUUCAGGAAUGUAUCAGUGCUUCGCCACCAAUGAGUUGGGAUCUUCUUAUGCGACAACUGUUGUGAACGUCCUGUCGUUAACUCAAAGUCAAACCGAUUCUAAUCAAAACGUAAAGGAAGUGGUGAUCAACGAGAAUGAGGACGAAUCGGAUCCGAUUGAGAACAGCGCCGACACUGAACUCAUUGAUGAGGAGGAGGACCUUUUCAAUAGACUUCCCAAUCCUAAUAGUCGGCGAAACAAUAAGAACAAAGGCGUCAAAAUGGUUCCGCCGACCAGACCUGAGGUGACCCGACUCAGCGAGGACUCAGUGAUGGUUCGCUGGGAUGUGCCCGCAAACGAUGGCCUCCCGAUCCUCUUCUUUAAGGUCCAGUACAGGGAAAUGGCGGCCAAAGGGAGCGAUUGGAGUACAGUGGACGACGACAUCGCCCCUCAUAUCCACUCGUAUGCCGUCAAUGGACUCAACACUGGAUCCAAAUACCGGUUCCGAAUCGCAGCCGUCUAUUCAAACAAUGACAACAAAUUGGGUCCGAAUUCCAUUAAAUUCACUCUUUUUAAAGACCCGCCGACGAAGAAACCAAUCAAUGGUCCCGUCAUUACUAACGCCGAAGCUGUCAGUCCAUCAGCUAUUACUAUGAAAUGGGAUUACUAUGACAUCGACUCAGUGACCAUCGAGGGUUUCUUCAUCUACUACCGGACCACUGUGUCUGCCGGCGAUUAUCUUAAAGUGGCCGCAAUGGGCGCUAACACCAGAUCUCAUAUUAUUACUCAUUUACUGCCGGACACGUCGUAUGACAUUAAGAUGCAGUGUUUCAACGUCGCCGGCACUUCGGACUUUUCUAAUAUAUUUAUGGUUAAGACUCAACCGAGUCCUGAGAUCACCAAAGAUAAGGGACACAAGAAAGACCACAACGAGAACAAUAUCAACGGCGGUAUCGGUCCCGUCAAAGGCGACAAAGACAAGACAUUAUAUACUGUCAUUUUUAUCACUUCUGGUGCACUCGUCCUCGUGUUUGUCGUUUGUAUAGUUUUAUGUGUCGUGCGCACCAAACAACAGACCCCGCGAUCCAAUGGGACGGCCGGCAAACUGCCCAAAGAGAAGCACCCGAAGGCCGGCGCAAACAAUCACAAUCACAACCAUAUGUUUAGUCACAGCAAUCACAACAUCUUCACUCAUCACAGAUCUAAUGGUCACAUCUCCAACACACUGAUGGCCGCCGCCUCUAACGGCUAUCUCUCGCGAUCCACUCUAAUGGACAGAAUGGACAGCGAAUACCCGCAUCCCAUCAGUAUUAGAGUGAACCCAUUCUGCGAGAUAUCAAACGGCAGCUCAACUCUCAACCGAAACCACUCCAACACAAUGAAUGGCAGCUUUCGGUCGAAGAGUGUAUCUCAGCACCAGUUGGCGGCCAAUAAUAAUGUGAACGAAACCCCCCUUUCGUUGAAUACUCUGGAGAGGAGGAAAGGGAAGCGAGUGGACGAACACUACCCCAACUCGACGCUGAGUCACAGCAAUUCGCGUCUCAAUCACCACAACCAUAGCUCCAGUUUCACGCGACUCAACGGUACGCUCGAGAGGAAGCGUCGCAGUCGGACAGAUCUACUGAACGCCUCCGAUAAGGAUAACAGCGACUCCAUAAUCACGACCACUAAGUGUAAUGGUAUGCAAAACGCGGCCACAAAUGGGACUCUUGUGAUAAUGCAAAGUUCGUGCUAA